AAUGUGGAAGAGGUCAAAGAGAUAAGAUACCUAGGAUAUAUGCUACAGAAAAACCGAGGUGCGGAGAAACAUAUAAGAGAGAGACUGAGAAGAGCAACAAUAGCGAUGAAGAGGACUUGGAGCAUAGGGGAGAGAAUAUUCAAAGAAGACCAUAGAAGAAGAAUGAAAAUGUUUGAAGCACUUGUUGGAAGCGUAGCGUUAUAUGGAGCGGAAGUUUGGGGCUGGAAAAACGAAAAAACGUUAGACGGAGUAAAGAGGAAGUACGCGAAAUGGAUUCUAAACUUGGACAGAGGAACACCGAAUUACAUAUUAUUGGAGGAGACAAAGAUGGAAGAGAUUAGAAUACAGGCGAUCAAGAGAGCACUAAAAUACGAGGAAAAGGCGAGAAAAUCAAAGAAGAAAAUAAUAAAAGAAUGCAUCAAAGAUUUAGAAAAGUGGCGACCAGGUGCAGAAGAAGGAAGAUGGGAAAGAAAGAGAAGAGAGGUGUUGGAGUAAACAAGGAACAGCUUAGAAAGGAAAGAGAAGCAGGAAACGAGGAGAUGGCAGAGAACAUCUUGAAGGAACUAAAAAUUAAAGAGAGCAGAGAGAGACAACAGAAGAUAAACGAAUCCAAGUACAACACCAACUACAAGAUGAUUGCACAGGAAAAGAAACCAAAAUACUUGGAGGGGAGGAUGAAGAAAAAGGACAGAUGCUUGAUAGCCAGAUACAGAUGCGGGAAUGAAACGAAAGGGAGCCAGUAUUGGAGAGAAGAGGAGGAAAGGAGAUGCAGAGUAUGCAAGAAAGCAGAAGAAAGUUUGUACCAUAUAAUGAAAGAUUGCGAAGCAACAAGAAGCGAAAUGUCGAUAGAAGAACUCACUGGAGAAGAAGGAAAGGGCCUACAAGUAAUGAAAAAGAUAGAAGAGCUGAGGAAGGAGAUAAACAGGAA